UUUAUGAUAUACCCAGUGUCAUUUGAUCAAGAAAUGCACAUGAGAUUAAUGGGUUUAGUAAUAAAUGCGUAACAUGGUGAUAGAUUAAAUUAUCAGAAAAUUUUUGGAAAAAAAAGUGAGUUUAGGAAUAAUGACAUCACUACAGAAACUCUCUGAAAAGGAUGAUGCUGUUUGACAACGAUUUGCAGGAAAUGGGGGAGGAAUGCAGGGAAACUCGUGAAUAUCAACUGUAAAAAGGCAUUAUCCUUCACGUGGUUCGAUUUCCCAUGAAUAUGAUACAUAAAAGAAAGAUUCUCCAUGCUCUUUGAACUCAAGCAACUGUUUGAUUCAUUCUAGGAUUUCAUGGUACCUGUGAGCUCAGAAUCAGAAGCACAAAUGGUGGAUUCAAAGGGGUUUCUCACAUAUCUCUGUUACUUCAUCUUCUUCCUCCCUGUCUUUGUUCUUCUCUUUGCUCUUGGCAUCAUCAAAGGUGGUAUUUUCAGUCCCUUUGUGUUUCUGGUAAUAGCUUUUGGGGACAUAGGUGUUGUGGUAGGGCUAUGGCCUUGUCAUCUUGUUUGGACUGUUUACUGUAUAGUGAGGACAAAGAAAUUUGAUCCAUAUUUGAAGUGCCUAUUGAUUCUUAUGGUCCCAAUUCCAAUAGCAUUGUGGACAGUUGUUGGGGUGGUUGGUAGUGUGAUUAUGGGAAUUGGUUAUGGUUUCAUUUGCCCUGUGAUGGAUACAUUCAAGGCUGUUAGCAUGGAAGGUGUUUCUUUACGAACAAAAUUGAUCAGAUGCUUCACGGAUGGUACUUGGAGCAAUGUUUGGGGUGCCUGCACAAUUGUCCGUGAUUUUGCUGAUUUUUCUUUCCAUUCUUACUUCUCAGUGAUGGAUGGAUUGCUUGAAUCAAAAGGGGAGAAGCCCAUAGAACUAAAGGUUUUCGAGAUACCAGGUUGCAUUUUAUGUGCAAUUCUCGGAGUUCUGGUUGACUUGCCUUUUAUAACUCUGAUAGUCCUCUAUAAAUCUCCCAUCUUUCUGUUCAAAGGGUGGAAUCAGUUACUGCAUGAUCUUAUUGGAAGGGAGGGGCCUUUCUUUGAAACCAUCUGUGUCCCCUUUGCAGGGCUUUUGAUUUUGUUGUGGCCAAUUGUGGUUGUUUUAGCUGCUUUGGCUGGAGUUAUUUCGAGUUUCUUCUUUGGCUGUUAUGCUGCUGUUAUUGCAUAUCAGGAAAGCUCUAUAAAGAGGGGGUUGCUAUAUAUAGUUGCAUCUAUGUCAUUGUUUGAUGAGUCCACCAAUGACUUCCUUUACCUACGAGAAGGAUCCUGCUUUCCCAGACCAAGAUAUCGCAAGCAGCUGACUUAUAGUCCAACACUGGUGUCUGUAAAUGGGCUGAAUGAACAGAUCCAUGCCAAUGAACCUCUUGUAAGGACAAGUUCUGAGAAAAAGAGGGCACUUAGUGCUGUGAUGAUAUGGGAUAACUACUUCAAAGCAUGUGAGCACACCGGGAAAGAGCUUCUCAGAGCUGGAGCUGUUGGGAUGCCAGAUCUGGAGACAUGGCGAAAUUCAAAGAACAAGAUAAUUAAUAUUGGAAUUCCUGCUUAUUCGUUUCUGGAAUGCUUCCUUCACUCUAUCAAGAGUGGUUCCCCUGGAUUUCUCAUGCGUGACAAUGUUGAAUUAACAAGUUUGAACAGACCUGAGGGAAGGGUUUUUGACUGGAUGUUUGAGCCCAUGAGCAUCAUGAAAGAGCAGCUCAAGAGACUAAAUCUAGUCGAGACUGAAGAAUUAUACCUCUACAAAUUUUCUCUGUACCAUGGUGAUAGAGAAAGAAUGGAAGCUUGGCAAAAUGGUGGCUUCCCACCAGAAGAUGAGAUUAGGAGAGCUCAGUUAGAGGGUAUUAGUAGAAGGCUGCAGGGAUUUUGUUUGACACUUUCAAGACUACCGACAUCCAGGCGCUGGUUUGAUGGAGUGGUGAAAGAGAUAGAACAAGAAGCAAGGCGGGGGUUGGAUGGGUUUGAUGCACUUGAUGAUCUAACAGCAGUUGUUUAGGAUGUUUUUUUUUCUUUUUUUUUUUUUGAAAUUUAGACAAUAAGCUUUGAUGAUCUGAAACUUUUUUUCUUCUUCAAAUUGGAAUUAUAUAUUUCUACAUUGCAUUCAUACCUGA